AUGCAAUCGUAUUUGACAUAUAAACGAUUUGGGAGGUUAACCGAAGCCCAAUUCGAGAGGGAUAGAUUGAGGGCAGAGGCGCUGGAGAGGGGGAAUAGAGAUGUGCAAUCUGGGAAUUUGAAUUUGGAUUUGGAUGCGAAUAGAAGGGAUGGGUCUGGGGGUCCUCGUUCUUCUUCUUCUUCUUCUUCCGCCUCCUCUGAUAAUACAGGAUCCUCGGCAACGGAGCUACAUACGCACGAUAUUGAGAAGGCAGAGAGAGGUAUACCAAAUGCCCCUUCACUAGAUUUUUAUACCGAAGAAAAUCCACACAAAGAGAAAGAUGAUGCAGAACCAGAAGAACAAGACGACGAAAGUGGAAACGCGAGAUCAGAAACCCUUGAUCGAAUCGCCACUCGAGCAACAGCACACACCACGCGCAGUUUCGGAACACGCUUGGGAUAUACAUUAACGGGAAUCGAGGUGCGCGAAUUAUCUGCCCAGCUAACGAGAACGCGGACCGCAUCAAAGGGCAAAUCCAAAUCUAAAUCGAGACAAGCACCCCACCCAAACGAUGCAGGGAAUGACAAACAAGGAGAGAGAGAAACGGUCUUCGUCGUCGGUUACGAAGGCGCGAAAGAUCACAUGAAUCCGCAUAAUUGGUCGAUUUGGCGGCGGAGUUUCUGCACCGUCAUGAUUGCGUCGAUUGGAUUUAUAGUCGGCUUUGCGUCGUCGAUUGAUAGCGCGGCGUUGACGCAGGCGGCGGAAGAUUUUGGCGUGAGUGAGGUUGCGGAGUCGUUGGCGACGGGGUUGUUUCUUGUGGGAUUUGGAUUGGGGGCGUUGUUUGCUGGACCGAUAUCCGAAACCAUCGGGAGAAACCCAGUAUACAUUUCCACACUCUUCAUAUACAUGAUCUGGAUCAUGGCGUCCGCGCUCGCCCCCAAUCUCGCCACGCAACUCAUCUUCCGCUUCCUCGCCGGCUUUUUCGGUUCCACCCCACUCACCUGCGCCGGGGGAUCCAUAUCGGAUCUGUGGUCGCCCAUGGAGCGCGUGUACGCCUUUCCCGUCUUCGCCAACGCCGCCUUCAUGGGACCGAUAUUUGGGCCCAUCGUCGGGGGUUUCGUCGGACAAUCUCACCUCGUGAGUUGGAGAUGGUGCGAAUGGAUUACCCUGAUUCUUUCCGGAGCUAUCCUCCUCCUCAUCACAUUAUUCCAACCCGAGACUUUCGCGCCCAUUCUGCUGAAAUGGAAAGCCGCGCAUCUGCGCCGCAUAACAGGCGAUGAACGAUUUGUGUCCGAGGUGGAAAUCCGAGCCGAUCCAUUCAAAACGCGCUUACUCAAAGCGUUGUAUCGACCCUGUCUCCUCAUCACGCGCGAACCCACCGUCAUGCUCUUCGCGCUGUAUCUCACCGUCGUAUACAUUAUCCUCUUUACCUUUCUCGACGGAUACACGUACAUUUUUGGCGAAACGUACAAUUUCAGCGAGGGGCUCACCGGACUCGCAUUCCUUGGGAUUGCCAUCGGGCUCUGCUUUGCCACCUGUCUCGUUCCGCUGAUCCACCACUGGGCGAAGCAAGAUCUCGAAGCUCUGCGCGCCAUCCACGGAGAGAAAGCCAAACUGCCCCCGGAAAAACGACUCUGGUUUGCCAUGUUCGGCGCGCCAUUUAUUCCCAUCUCGCUUUUCUGGAUGGGGUGGACGAAUUAUCCUUCGAUUUCUCCCUGGUCGGGUCUUGUCGCUUCGCUCUUUUUUGGCUUUGGCAUCCUGUGCAUUUUCAUAAGUACGUAUCAGUAUAUUAUCGAUUCCUAUGAAAUGUACGCGGCGUCUGCACUGGCGAGUUUGACGCUGGUGAGAUAUGUGGCUGCGGGGGGGAUGGUGGAGGUGGGGAUUCCGUUUUAUGAGAAUCUGGGCGUGCAUUGGACGCUUACGGUAUUGGGAGGGAUAAGUGCGGUCAUGGUGCCGGUGCCGUAUUUGUUUUAUGUUUAUGGGGAGAAAGUGAGGGGGUGGAGUCGCUUUGCUGCGACGCAUUAG